AUGACUUUCCUUUUAUUACUUCAGCUGUUUUGAAGUAAUGCUCUUGGAAGCGAUACAACAUUCUUGGAAAGGAGCUAUAAUUCCUCAACAGAAUUGCUUGGCAAUGAAAAAGAGAAAAUAAUCAACGAUAAUUCUCCAUCUAAUUCAUCUCACUUGAUGCUGCAGCAAACUGAUAUUAUUGAGCUAGUAGAUGGGGAGCCUUAUCAUGGGACUACUGAUCACGACACAUAUGUUUAUUAUAGUUUCGAAAAUCCCAAAGAAAGCACUGACUUAUUAUUUGUCUUGACCACCUUUUCUGGAGAUGCCGACUUAUUUGUAUCAAAAGGCAAAAAUAAAAUAACGAAAAAAGAAGAUUGGGACUGGAAAUCAGAAACUCCUCAAGGUGAAGUUAUUUUGAUCAAGGCUGAUGAUACCUAUUUCUUAAAUAAUCAUGUCAAUAUGAAAGGGAAAUAUAUAGUUGGAGUAUAUGGAUUUUCUCCAACAUCUUUUACUAUAAGAGCUACAAGCAACCCUGAAGUUGUCACAAAAUUAACCCCAGGCAAAGCCCAGACUGGCUAUUUAAAUGCGACAUCAGUGAACUUUUAUUACUAUUAUGUGGAAAAGAAAGCUGAUAUCAUUAUUUCUCUGACUCCUAUCUCUAUAGUUGUUAACGCAUGCGUCAAGCCUGUCCCGAAAGAUGAAGACAUCCAUGAAUAUCUGCCAUCUCCAAAGGAUUAUUUAUGGUCAACCUACCAAAGCUCUAACCCAAGUGAAAUUAUAAUAAGCAAGGACGACCCAAGCUUCUGCACUGAUUGCAAUAUUACAAUUGCAGUAAGACAAGAGACAACUAAUGGAACUAUAACAAGAAAUGGAACACAUUCAUAUAACAUUGUCAUAAGAAGCGAUUUUAAUUAUAUAACUCUGCUGAAUGGAGUUCCGUUUAAAAGCCACCUAGGCCAAGCGAAAUGGGAUUAUUUUGAGUUUGAAGUUGGAGAAAAAGUGGAUUUAGACAUCUCCAUUUUUUCAUACAGCGGAGAUCCAGAUAUUUAUGUAGGAACAAAUAAAACCAUCAAUAGAGAAAAUUGCAAUUGGUUUAGCUUAGCUAGAUAUCAAGUAGACCAUAUCAAAAUUUGGUCUUCUGAUGUAAAGUUCAUUAUAGGGACUUAUUAUAUAGGGGUCUAUGCUUUUGAUGAAACUUCUUAUUCAAUUGUAGUGCAAUACAGAAAUCGCUACAUAAAGCUAGUAGACGGAUGACCACAAACAUAUAGCAUUUCUAAUAUAAAGUCUUAUCCUUUAUAUUUCGAAUAUAAAACUUCAUCAUUUGAUUCUUUUUAUUGCCAAUUGACUUCACUAUCUCCUGAUUUUUAUCCAGAUGUAUAUGCUGAUUUUAAUGAAGGAAGAAACACAGAUUUCCCUGAUAAUACAAACUCCGAGUUUAAGUUCAGUGAAACUGACUAUGAUAAAGUUUAUAACAAAUUGUACAUGGCCUUCGCACCAACCAGUCAAAAAUGGGAGGUCCAUAUUGCCAUUUUAGGAAAUAAUACAAUAAAAGAGAAUGAAACUAUGGGAGAUUUUGAGCUUUUUUGUGCGUCUAGUUCUCAGUUUACUCACAUCAAGCCUGGCCAGACACACUUUGAUAUCCUAAAAUUUCCAGUAAGUCACCACAAAUAUUCAAUAGAAACCUACGAAAAAUCAAGAUUAGACGUCUUUGUCGCUCCUUGUGAAGGGAGUUUUCAACUCGAUAUCUCAUCCAACUGAACAGUAAAUUACGACCGAAACCCUGAUAUUUCUGUAUUACGACUUACUGAUGGAAUAAUGAGAGGCUCUAUAACCAAUGCAAAAGGAGUUUAUUACAUCACAGUUACAUCUUUAAACGCGUCUGCAUGGUUUAAUGGUAUUAGCUAUCAGCUAACUUCUAAGAUAACCAAAGCAGGAGAUAUAGAAAAAAAGCUCCUGAAGCCAGGAGGUGACGGGAUUAUUAAAUGGACAAGAAAAAAGCAUCAUGUUAUAGUAAAAUGGGACGAAAUUUUAUAUGACGAUGAUAAUGAAAAACCAUAUGAGUAUCCUAGUAAUGUACUUUAUCAGAUUUAUGCGACUGAGGAUGAAACAGUUCAAAUGCAGACAGCAUGCGGAAUCCAUACCGCAGAAAUGAUGGGAAAAGCAGAACUGGUAAGCCGAGGUGGAGCUGAUAAAGGUGGAACUGUGGUCAGGCUAAGAGGGCUUAAGUCUUAUGUGAAUGUUGUAGCUUCUAUUGGGGGAGAAAAUAAUAUGCUACUGAGAUAUGUUCCUUAUAACCCGACACUAAUUGUAGUAACUUCACAUGAGCCACAGUGGAAAAGAAGAGUUAUUAUUUGGGGAUUGAUCUUAGCAAUACUAUUUGCAGGAGGAAUUGGGAUAUAUUUUUAUAUGAAGUACAGAAGAACCAAGAGAGUUUUGCAGUAUGAAAUGGGAGAAGUCAGAGACUCAGCAAGUGAAUUAGCAACCAUAAACCGUAGCCCGAGCUCCUCACAAAAACCCUAA